GAGUUUGUACUUGUUAUAAAAAUCCUUACAAUUCCUGAUAUCUCAGAAAAGGAAGGUUAUUGUGCUAUAAUUUAUCACAGUAUUGAUAUUAUACCAUCAUAUUGCCCAGCCCUAAUGAUCUGAUUCUUUAAAAUGAUGUUCAAAAAUUCAGUACAUAUAGCAAAUAUUUAGAGUUUCAACCUUGUUUUGUUUAGUGCAACAUGCAGAGCUAAGAGCUACAAAGAUGGACAUUGACCUGUUAAAACAUGAGAUUGAGAUUAAUCAUCUGAGAAAGCAAAUUAUGAGCAGAAAAAUGGCACCCUCCAUAGUGACCUUCCCUCCUUUGGAGGAACCCAGAUCACUACCUUUAACCAAACACCUCAUGGAAAAAUCAGAUGGCUUGUAUCCCAGUCCCUAUGAUCCAAUGACAGGUUUUGUGGUGUUUUAUGAUUUCCUCUUGGGCUUGUGCCCAUCAUACAGAGUUUGUCGGCUGAUGGUAGGGAUAUACAGUGGGGACGUAUGUUUGGGAAGCCCCUCCAUAUUACCCCCAGUUUACUGUGAUCCUGUCAGAGCUCUUCAGCACAGUGUAGAACAAAAGGCAAUCCUCGCCAGCAUGCAAGCAGUACCAGAGUAAGUACAUGGCUCAUUUAUUGUAUGCGGUGCCUUUUGGAUGCAGGGGUGUCAAACAUACGGUCCACAGGCCAGGACCAGUUUACAAAUCUAACAUUUUGUUAAAUAAACCCAAUUAAGUCCAUUACAGUUCCGAGUUGUGGAAACACUAUAAAUUGUGGAAAAGUUCAUGGGGGGUGAAAACUUAUGUAUGGUAAACCAUAGGUUUUUUGUUUUUGUUUUUUUAUUUGAAAAUAUAUUUUUCUUUGGUAAUUGCAGUCUAAUUGCAGUUUAUCUGUUUAUGUUCAAUAAAAUUGUGCAUUUGGAAUGUAUCUUACAGAUAAAUGAACACAUUUAAGAGGGGUGGUUGAUGUGUUAUUGGUCACUAAACUGUCCAGUCUAAGAGUAAUGUGGCCUGUUACAUAUAAUGAGUGUGACACCGUUUUGUUAAAACUUUUAUGGCGCAAUUAGCCUCAUUUUAUUUAAAACAAAUCACAAAUUUAAGAAUAUUUACAUGUGGUGUGUAUUUUGGUGAAGAAGCACUGGCCUAACAAGGUGGAACUAGGGACACAUGCAGCAUUAGUCACUGUGGGAAAAUAAUGGUUGACCUGUUAUAACAUAUUUUAAAUUGCAAUCUCACGUAUUUAAACAUUUUGAAAUAUCCUUGAAACCCGGUGUAAGUUUGCCUAACAGAU